AUGGGUGCCUACCUCUCUCAGCCCAACACGGUGAAGCGCUCCAGGGACCGGGUUAGCACCCCGCGGCUCCCGCUACCCUACAGCUUCUCCGCCAUGCAAGGCUGGCACAUCUCCAUGGAGGAUGUUCACAACUGUAUUCCUGAACUGGACAAUGAGACAGCCAUGUUUUCUGUCUACGAUGGACACGGAGGCGAAGAGGUUGCCUUGUACUUUGCCAAAUAUCUUCCUGAUAUUAUCAAAGAGAAGGCCUACAAGGAAGUCAAGCUUCAGAAGGCUUUACAAGAUGCCUUCUUGGCUAUCGAUGCCAAGCUGACCACAGAGGAAGUCAUUAAGGAACUGGCACAGAUUGCAGGGAGACCCACUGAAGAUGAAGAUGAUAAAGAAAAAGUAGCAGAUGAGGCAGAUGUGGACAAUGAGGAGGCUGCAUUGCUGCAUGAAGAGGCUACCAUGACCAUAGAAGAGUUGCUGACACGAUAUGGGCAGAACUGUCAGAAGGGCCCUCCCCAUACCAAAUCUGGAACUGGGACAGGCGAUGAACCAGGGCCCCAGGGCCUCAAUGGGGAGACUGGACCUGAGGACCCAUCUAGGGAAACUCCUUCCCAAGAAAAUGGCCCCACAGCCAAAGGACACACAGGCCUUUCCUCCAACUCGGAACAUGGGACUGAGGCAGGCCAAAUUGGUGAGCCCGGUACUGCUACUGGUGAGGCUGGACCUUCCUGCUCUUCAGCCUCUGACAAACUGCCUCGAGUUGCUAAGUCCAAGUUCUUUGAGGACAGUGAGGAUGAAUCAGAUGAGGUGGAGGAGGAAGAGGAUGACAGUGAGGAGUGUAGUGAGGACGAGGAUGGCUACCGCAGUGGGGAGGCAGAGAACGAGGAGGACGAGGAGGACGAGGAGGACGAGGAGGACGAGGAGGACGAGGAAGACACGGAGGAGGCCGAAGUGGAUGAUGAUUCAGAGAUGAUGGUCCCUGGAAUGGAAGGCAAAGAAGAGCCUGGCUCUGACAGUGGCACAACAGCGGUGGUGGCUCUGAUCCGAGGGAAGCAGUUGAUUGUGGCCAAUGCAGGAGACUCUCGCUGUGUGGUGUCUGAGGCUGGCAAAGCUUUAGAUAUGUCCUAUGACCACAAACCAGAGGAUGAAGUGGAGUUGGCACGCAUCAAGAAUGCUGGUGGCAAGGUCACCAUGGAUGGACGAGUCAAUGGAGGCCUCAACCUCUCCAGGGCCAUUGGAGACCACUUCUACAAGAGAAACAAAAACCUGCCGCCCCAGGAGCAGAUGAUCUCUGCCCUUCCUGACAUCAAGGUGCUGACUCUCACUGAUGACCAUGGAUUCAUGGUCAUCCCUUGUGACAGCAUCUGGAAUGUGAUGAGCACCCAGGAAGUUGUAGACUUUAUUCAAUCAAAGAUCAGCCUACAUGAUGAAAAUGGGGAGCUUCGGUUACUGUCGUCCAUUGUGGAAGAGCUGCUGGAUCAGUGCCUGGCACCAGACACUUCUGGGGAUGGCACAGGCUGUGACAACAUGACAUGCAUCAUCAUUUGCUUCAAGCCCCGGAACACAGUAGAGCUUCAGCCAGAGAGCAGCAAGAGGAAACUGGAGGAGGCACUCUCCAUGGAGGGAGCUGAAGAAAAUGACAACAGUGACAAGAAGAAGGCCAAGCGGGACUAG